AAAACUGAGGAAGCUUCUAUGGCUUCAAAACGACUGAAAGAGCUGUUAGAAUCUCGAAAAUCUUCAUCACGUGAAGCCUCUGGCACUGGAAAUAGCAGUGCUCCUGGAAUUCAGGCACUGAUGCAAGCAAUUGAGCACGAGCUUGAAGUUAAUGUACGAGUACAUGAAGUUCGCUUGGAGUAUGAGCGUCAAAUGGAAGAGAGGGCUACAAUGGCAAAGGAGGUUUCAGUGUUGAAGGACGAAGCACAGAUUCUAAAGCAAAGAAAUUUAUGUGAUUGCCCUCAGACAAUGUCUCCGGGUGCCAGAAAUUCGAGGAUUUUUGCACUUGAAAACAUGCUUGCUACUUCAUCCAGCACUCUUGUUUCUAUGGCAUCACAGUUGUCAGAAGCAGAAGAGCGCGAACGGGCCUUUAGUGGCAGAGGACGUUGGAACCAAGUUCGCUCUCUGGCUGAAGCUAAAAAUAUAAUGAACUAUCUGUUCAACUUAGCAUCCUCGUCAAGAUGCCAGCUACGGGAUAGCGAGGUUGACUGUCGAGAGAAGGAUUCUAAAAUAAGAGAUCUGAAGGAAAAGGUAGUCAAUUUAGUUAGACAAUUGGAAAUGCAGAAGGCUGAGCUUAUUCGUCAGGAGAAGUUGAAGAAGUUGACUUCAAUGAAGCACUCCAAGGAAAAGACGCAAAAUUCUGUAGCUUAUACAAUAAGCAAUGAGGAAGGGCAUGUGUAUGCUCUGCGGCCCAAGGGGCCCCGGAACUCCAUGGUUUACAAUGGAGGGACUAGUGUUCUUACACCAGAAGACAUGGAUACGGCUGAAUCAGAGCAUUCUGACAUGAAUGAAACUGAUGAUGACUGUGACUGGGAACAUUCUGAUAUUGAAGUAGCUGAUGAUGACAGUGAUUGGGUACUUGCACCAAAGGAGAGAAAAAGGCACCAAGCGAAGAAAAAGAAUUCCAAGAUCGAGAACCAUUCAGGUACAUUAUCCAAUCCAGUAAGUGUCAGUGACACCGAAAGUCUAGCAACAGAGACUACAGAUGAGGGAAAAGACAUUGUUGAAAGGAAAGUCGCAUCUGGAAUGUGCUGCUCAUGCAGCAAACACUCUUCAUGCAAGACAAGGAAAUGCGAAUGUCGAGCUGCAGAGGGCACUUGUGGGAUUUCAUGUGGCUGUGAACCAACUAAGUGCAGCAAUAGAAAUGCAGAACUGUCUGAAGGCAUUGACAGUGGUUUAGGCACUGAUCAAACAGAGAGCAGUCAUAUUCUUGCUUCUCAUGGCGCAAUGCUACUUCAGACUGCACUCUCUGAGAAGCCUGCUGAGACAAAUGAUUUCGGCGGGGCUAGAAGAAAACCAUUAUCUGACAUUGGCAACACACUGGUCAGAUCGAAUGUGCCAAAGCCUAACCAGAAUCCAAAGAAACCAGAGAGCAGUACAAUUGAAGCCGACAUUCCUUUGAAAUUACCAAGAGCAAUGCGAUCUGCAUUCUCAAAUCACAAUCCAUUGAACGAGAUGAACUCCAACCAGCUCAAUGAUUCUGUUGUUAGUAAGGAGUCUGGAGCUCCAGCUCCCAGAAGUCCUCAGCGACAGGAAAGAACAGCGGAUGAGAAAGAAAACCAUAACCUUUAA